AUGCCUCCAUUCCCAGAAACCUCUGUUUUGCUACUUCCCAUGGUCGAGAAAUGCGUAAACCUCUUGCAGACCUAUGGCUUCUCAUCACUUAAAAAACUCAAGCAAGUCCACGCCUUUUCAAUCCGCCAUGGACUCUCAAUCUCCAACGCAGAGCUGGGGAAACACCUCGUCUUCUACCUCGUGUCUCUUCCUUCUCCACCUCCAAUGUCUUACGCUCACAAAAUCUUCACCAAGAUCGAGAAACCCAUCAACGUCUUUGUUUAUAACACAUUGAUCAGAGGCUACGCCGAGACUGGCGAUUCCGUCUCCGCUCUUUCUCUCUACCGCGAAAUGCGAGUCUCUGGUUUCGUCGAGCCAGACACUCAUACUUACCCGUUUCUUCUCAAGGCCGUGACGAAAAUGGCGGAUUCUCGAUUGGGAGAGACGAUUCACUCCAUUGUUAUAAGAAGUGGGUUUGGCUCGUUGAUUUUUGCUCAGAACUCUCUCCUCCAUUUAUACGCAAACUGUGGAGACGUAUCGAGUGCGUACAAGGUGUUCGAUAAAAUGCCUGUGAAAGAUCUUGUAGCUUGGAACUCUGUGAUUAAUGGGUUUGCAGAAAACGGUAAACCAAACGAAGCUUUAUCGCUUUACACUGAGAUGGAUUCGAAAGGUAUCAAGCCCGAUGGGUUCACGAUCGUUAGCUUGUUGUCUGCUUGUGCAAAGAUCGGUGCUUUGGCGUUGGGUAAGAGAGUCCAUGUGUAUAUGAUCAAAGCCGGUUUGACACGAAACGUACAUACGAAGAAUGUGCUUUUGGACUUGUAUGCGAGAUGUGGAAGAGUCGAAGAAGCUAAAACGCUUUUCGGUGAGAUGGUGGAGAAGAACAGUGUCUCGUGGACUUCGUUGAUCGUUGGUUUAGCUGUGAACGGUUUUGGAAAAGAAGCGAUUGAGAUUUUUAAGGAGAUGGAGUCAGAGAAGGGAUUGUCACCGUGUGAGAUCACGUUUGUUGGGAUCUUAUACGCUUGUAGCCAUUGUGGGAUGGUGAAGGAAGGUUUUGAGUAUUUCAAGAGGAUGAGAGAUGAGUAUGAGAUUGAGCCUAGGAUCGAACAUUUUGGUUGUAUGGUUGAUUUGUUAGCUAGAGCUGGACAAGUGAAGGAAGCGUAUGAGUACAUAAUGAGAAUGCCGAUGCAGCCAAAUGUUGUUGUAUGGAGAACAUUGUUAGGGGCUUGCACCGUUCAUGGUGAUUCUGAUUUAGCAGAGGUUGCUAGAGUCCAGAUCUUACAGCUGGAGCCAAACCACAGCGGCGAUUAUGUUCUAUUGUCGAACAUGUAUGCGUCUGAGCAGCGUUGGUCUGAUGUGCAAAAGAUAAGGAGGCAAAUGUUAAGAGACGGUGUGAGGAAAGUUCCAGGUCAUAGUUUAGUAGAAGUAGGAAACAGAGUUCAUGAGUUUCUUAUAGGUGAUAAGUCUCAUCCGCAAAGCGAUGAGAUUUACGCUAAGCUGAGAGAGAUGACUGAGAGGUUGAGAUUGGAAGGUUACGUGCCGCGGAUUUCGAAUGUUUAUGUUGAUGUUGAGGAGGAAGAGAAGGAGGAUGCUCUGGUUUAUCAUAGUGAGAAGAUUGCUGUUGCUUUUAUGCUUGUUAGUACACCGGAAAGGUCACCGAUUCGGGUGGUGAAGAAUCUUAGAGUUUGUGCAGAUUGUCAUUUGGCGAUUAAACUUGUGUCUAAGGUUUAUGAUAGAGAGAUUGUUGUUAGAGAUCGUAGCAGGUUUCACCAUUUUAAAGAUGGUUCUUGUUCUUGUCAAGAUUACUGGUGA